AUGGCGGCCCACUACGUACGCCUCGCCGUCGCCCUGGCCUCCAUCGACGCCCUCGUCUACACGCCGCCGCGGAACAUCAGCAUGUACGACGCGUGGCUCUACGUCGACGACGGCGCGUUUACGGCCUACUACCUCGCGAAGCCGGCGAACGCGUCGGGGUCGGGCGCGAAGCCGGCCUGGGAUAGGGUGAUGACGAUAACGUCCGACGACGGCGCAACCUGGUCCGACGCCGGCGUCGCCGUGGCCAAGGCCCCCGGCGCCAAGUGGCUGGGCUCCGGGUCCGUCUGGCGAACCGGCGACGCGUUCGUCCUCAGCUACUCGCAGGAGGGCUACGGCUGCGCGGGCGACCCCGGCGGCGGGCCGACGGGCGACCCGACCUGGUGCCAGUCGCUCUUCUUCGCGACGGCGCCGACGCCGCGCGGGCCCUGGACGACGACGCCGGCCGGCGCCUUCCCCUACGGCGAGGGCUACGAAAUCGGCGGCCGCUGGGACUGCGUCGCCGCGCUCCGCGACGGCGACGGCGGGGUUUAUGGGUAUUGGACGGCGUCGCCGCGGGACGGCGGCUGCGACUCCUGCGGCGCGGGCUUCGGGUACUCGAAGGACGGCGUCACCUGGGCCGCGCGGCCGACGCCGGGGCCCGAGAUCAAGGGCGAGGUCGGCGGCGUCGCGCGCGCGGGGGGGCGCGUCGUCAUGCUCUUCGACGCGGGCCGCGCGUUCUGGAGCGACGCGCCCGCGGGGCCCUUCGCGGCCGCGGCGCUGAACCCGUCGUUCCUCGGCCAAGCGCUCGGCGCGCGGUUCCCGCGGAUCUGGGGCUCCGACGUGACGGGCGGCCCGCUGUUGGCGACGCACCACCAGAUGACGGGGCCCGACUGCUCCGGCGACGGGGGGUUGGAGUGCCCCGUGUACCUGGGCCUCGUGAAGCGGGCGACGCUCGGCGCCGACGGCGGCCUCCGGGCGACGUGGUUCGAGGGCAACGACAACCUCCGCGGCGAAGAGCUCGCGCGCGUCGCCGACGCGGACCUGGACCGGGGCCUCUGGCUCGAGGGCACGCUGGGCGCCGGCGGCGGCUUCGCCGUCGGCCUCGCGGGCGGCGGCGGCGACGCCGCCGUCGUGGUCCUCGCAAACGGGUCCUUCGCGCUGGGGCUUACGAGAAACGGCGCCUGGACGGCGCCGCCGCACGUCGUGGACCGGUCCCUGGCGCCGCCGUCGAACGCGACGUGGCGCGCGCUCGUCCGGAACUCGGCCACCGGCUUCGGCAUGCUCGAGGCCUACGUCGGCGGCGUCCUGGCGCUGCCCUGGACGCUCCCCGGGCCCGCCGCGCCGCGCGCCGCGCCCGCGGCGGCGCUCGCGAAGCGCGUGGACGCGCCCGCGCGGCCCUCGGCCGUGCCCCAGGGGAAGGACGCGAACUCGAAGACGACGCAGGGCCGGCCGCGCGCCGCGAGCGGCGCGAGCAGCGCCGCGACGGCCGCGCGGCGCCGCGCGAGCCGCGCCGCGGGCGUCUCCGUCGCGUCGCACGGCGAUUUGUAG